AUGGCAUCGGUCCUGCGCUGGCCCAGGUCCAAGCUCGCGUCUUCAUCGAAGACCUUGCCACCGACACCAAAUAUCGACGAUGAAACCGGUAUACCGCCCACUCCCGGGUACAAACGCAGUCCGCCGUCGAUUGGACAACUGGCCAUGCCUUCACCUGAUGAGUCUUCCAGCUCGUCCAACACCUCUCACGAUCCAACGCCCGUUUCGGAUAACCUUGAAAAAUACAAUGUCGCUUCACCCAGGUCUCCGAAAAGGCUACGAAAAGCGCCACCUCCACCACCACCAUCUAGUUAUCCGUUUUCCUUCAUAGCCGAGAACCCUCCCCAAAAUCCCAACUUUCCAUACUCCUUCUCGACUCCCGCAAGUCCCUCUGCAAGCGUUACUAGUGGCUCGGCGCGCGCGUUUUCAAUGUUGCCACGCGUUGCUCGUAAACUCACAAAGCGCCGACCUUCCAGCUCGGAAGCUUCGACCGAAUCUGUUGCUGAGCUAGUGCCUCCCACAGUCCAGCGUAGAAACACGUUCAACUUCAGUCUGAGACGGAAGAAAACAUCCACCAAGGGCACCCAAAGUGAGGACGGGCACUCAUCUCUGCCAUCCCUACCGCCACCAAGUCCCCUUGCUGUCAACGUUCCGACCUUUUUGCCCUUUCAUGCCCGCCGGCGCGAUUCUUGGCAUGUUCCAUCGGCUUCUGAGUCGCACCACCAUUCAACACCUCCAACGACAGACAGCUUAUCCGAAUUGGCAUGGACUGGUAUUGCCUCACAAGACCUCGUUAUUUCUCGCCACCGCAGUGGAUGGAGGUCGACUUGGAGCCUAACAGACCCGGAAGCAACUUCGCACAACCGCUCUAAACCCAGGUUUACGAUCGGCGACGAAACUGACAGUCCGCUUGCUGCAUCACCCAUUCUUAAUUCUCGUCCCCCUCUAAUCCGACGCGAUGCCGUGACUGCCUCGCCUAAACGUCGUUGGACUUUGGCAAUGGCGCUUACUGAUGAUGGCAUUUCUGACGAAUUACUGGUUGAAAAACUCGAGGCACUACGCAGCCGCUCCCGUGCUGGCUCCUUUACCACAAGCGAUGUCGAUGACCCUGAUGAUUGGGAGCGUGUUUGGGCAGUCUGCAACGAUGAAUUGGAUAUUCCAGCUCCACCAGUGCCUCCCAAAGAUGCUGUCGUUCGCCCACCCCUUCCAUCUCCUUCUUCCAUGCCUGCCUUACCCACACAACCUUUGCCUGCGACCCCAAGCUGGCAGAGUGCACGACGUGCGUUAUUGACAUGUCGGGAGUUAGUCCGGACCGAACGACAUUUCCUGUCAUCAUUGCAAUCGCUUCUCGUUGGGGAAACACGCCAACCGCCACCUCCUCUAAUGCGGGCCUACGCUUCUACCCUUGCCAAAGAAAGCGCGAAACUAUUACGGCGAUUCGAAGACGAUCCCAGCGCGUGGGGUUGCGCUGCUGCUCUUCUUGGGGCAGAAGAAACACUGGAAGCGGCGUUUGUCGCUUGGUGUGGCGUUGUUGGAGGCUGGUUUGUGGAUAGCGCUGAACCGCGAUAUUCUCGCAGACUUAGCAAAAGUCGAUUGCGGGUCUCCUCUGACCCCGGUGUCGAUGAAGACGAGCCUGUGCCUGCCAAAGGGGCGAGAAGCAAGCCUGCAUCUUGGCGCCACAGUAGUGCUGGGCCUACAACACGCCCUUCAUCAUUUCUGUCUUUGAACAUGACAUUGACUGCCGAGCCAACCCAAUCUUCACCUCUCGCAGGCAGAUCCCGUCCUCGUCGGGACGCAAGGCCUGCGGUGCGAGAUCUGGCGAUUCUUCCAACGCAACGUGUAAUGCGUUAUGUGCUGCUCUAUCGUGACUUGUUAGAGCACACACCAACAAGGAGUCCGGCUCGUGCACUUGUUGCGCAAGCUGUAGAUGUCUCGGUCCGCAUGGCUCAACGCUGCGACCGUGCCCAAGGCAAUGCUGCCUUCCUCCAGAGCGCUGCCUAG